CUCUCCACACCAAACUUUCUCAUUUUCAUUCUCCCUUUUAAUUUGCUUUUCAAUUUUCAUUCAAUAAACAAUGGCAAUUUCUACCGAUGUCGCAUAUGGUCCAUUGGGACACAACGGUGGUGACUUUUGGAGUUUCCGACCUAUGAACAAGAUCGAUCAAAUUAUUAUUUUAUCUGGUGGGUCCGGAAAUAAUAAUCCCAUUGGUAUAACUUUUUCUUCAACUAAUAAGGAUGGUUCAAAGGAUUCCCUCACAAUUGGUGGAGGUGGGAAUGAAACGACCGUCAUCCGUAACGACACGAUUAAUAUUGAUGGCGCGGAUGAAUACCUGACCGAGAUAAGCGGAGCGUUUGGACGUUUCAUAGAUACGAGGUUCGAUGUGUUACGAUCUGUAAAGUUUACUACCAACGUAAGAGCGUUUGGGCCAUACGGCCCCAAUGUUGGAACGCCGUUCAACUUCCAGGCUCAGGAUGGCGCCAAGAUUGUUGGAUUCUUUGGGCGAGCUGGAUUCUAUGUUGAUGCUAUUGGUACUUAUAAUGCUUAAGUGAUUAUAUCGUUACUCAGCUCUGAAGCUUAAUGCUCCAUUGGAACACCUUUAUGUUUCGGUUGUAAUAUGUUACGUUGAAUAAGUUCCAAAUGACUUGAUAACGUUGUACUGAGCGGUCCAUGUUUUAUGUUUCUCAAAUAUUCUCUCAUGUGUGUGAGCAUAUUAAUAAAUAAUGUUGCGCCUAUUAUUAGGUGUAUAAUAAUAUCCUUUCCUUUUAUUCUA